GACCCGGGCGUUGGAGCUGCUGCUGGUGCUGAGGACCCGGGCGUUGGAGCUGCUGCUGGUGCUGAGGACCCGGGCGUUGGAGCCGCUGCUGGUGCUGAGGACCCGGGCGCUGGAGCUGCUGCUGGUGCUGAGGACCCAGGCGUUGGAGCUACUGCUGGUGCUGAGGACCCGGGCGUUGGAGCUACCGCUGGUGCUGAGGACGUGGACGCUGGAGCUGCUGGUGGUGCUGCCGACCCUGGCACUCACCGGAUGGCGCUUCGUCCGUCCACUGCUCCACAGCGUGUCCCACUGCCGUCUCCUCCUGCUUCUCUCUCUUCCUGCUCUUCCUGA